AUUAUUUUUUAAUUUGUUGUAGAAAUCAUAAUGGCAACGACUACUAGCUCUACUCCUCAACGGACUUUCAAAACUGACCCAAAUUCACCUUUAUGGAAAUAUGUCAAAAUAAUAGACCAAGUAAAAGGUGGUGGAACAUUUUUAUGGAUAUGCAACUUCUGUAGUACGAAAAAAACUAGCUCCUACAGUCGUGUCAAAGCCCAUUUUUGUGCCAUUCCCCAACAAGGAAUCAAACCAUGUCUAGGAAAGAAUGGAAAUGGGAUGUCACCUCAAGAAAUAGCAGGAUAUAUUAGAGAGCAAGAGGAAGCAGAUGCAAGAGUUGGUCGUGCCUCAAACCAUCCUUUGUUGACAGGAAGAGGAAGUAAAUCAAAGAGGCCCCCUACUUCUCCAUCUUAUAGCGAUUUUCCUGAUAUCGUGGUAGAGAGCCACCCAUUCUUGGACCCAAUUAGUGAAGAACCUGUUAUUGUGAAGAGAAGCAAGGGACCAUUAGAGAGAGCAUUUAAGAAUGAUGCUAGAGAGAUUGCAGAUCAAUCCGUUGGAAGAUGUCUAUAUGCAAACGGUUUGUCAUUUAAUGUGGUACGAUCACCAUAUUGGCAGGAUAUGUUGAAAAAGGUAAAUGAGGCUCCACAAGGGUACACAGGGCCAGGUUAUGAGAAGGUGCGUAGCACCUUACUAGCAAAGGAGGUAAAAAACAUAGACAAUGCAUUGGCUCCCAUUAGAAAUUCAUGGAAACAAACAGGGGUGUCCAUCAUUUCAGAUGGAUGGAAGGAUACCAAAAAUCGGCCAUUAAUUAAUGUAAUUGCAGUGUGCCCUAAAGGGGCAAUGUUUCUGAAAGCUGUGGAUUGUGAGGGACAGAUGAAGGAUGCACAAUUUAUUGCUAACAUCCUUAUACAAUGCAUUCAGGAUGUGGGACCUCAAAAUGUUGUCCAAGUAAUAACGGACAAUGCAAAGAAUUGUAGAGCUGCAGGUAUGUUGAUUGAGACACGGUUUGAACACAUAUUUUGGACACCUUGUGCUGUCCACUCUCUCAACCUCAUGCUACAAAAGAUAGGCAGGAAAAUAGAUUGGAUCAAACAAAUUUAUGUUGAGGCUGAAGAGAUCCAAAUGUUCAUCACAAACCAUAACAUGUCACAGGCCAUUUUCAGAUCAUUUUCACAGUUGGAGUUGCUAAAGGUUGCCGAGACCCGAUUUGCAUCCAACACAAUCGUCUUGAGGCGACUUGUGAAGGUGCGACAGCCACUUGCUAGCAUGGUAAUUAGUCAAAGUUGGUCCCUAUGGAGGCAAUCCAAUACUGAAAGGGCAGCAAAUGUAAAGCGCAUGAUCCUAGAUGACACUUGGUGGGAUCGAGUGGAAUAUCUUUUGAGUUUCACUGAGCCCAUCAUGAGUAUGAUCCGUUAUACUGACAUGGAUCACCCAUGUUUGGGAGAGGUAUAUGAUGGCAUUGACUCGAUGAUUGAGAAAAUGAAAGCCAUCAUCAAUGCAAAAGAGCAAGAUCCCGAAGAAACUUUCUUCAAAGAGGUUCAAUCAAUUUGUGUUGAGCGGUGGAACAAAAUGACCACCCCACUACAUCUUCUUGCAUUUGCAUUGACUCCCAAAUUUUAUAGUGAUGAAAUGCUUGCUAAGCCAUCAAGGGUACCACCAUAUAGAGAUUCAGAAGUCAGUGAAGGGUGUAGGACAGCACUUACUAAACUCUUCCCAGAUUCUGAAAUGGAGGAUUUAAUGACAAGUGAGUUUGCUGAUUUUGUAGCCUCCAAUGGUCAAAGUGUUUCCGCUCUCCGUGACAAGUAUAAAAAGGAUUCUCAUGCUUGGUGGUACCUCAAUGGCCAUACAUCACCAAACCUUCAAACUCUUGCAAUCAAAGUUUUAUCGCAAGUUGCUAGUUCCUCUUCAUCUGAGCGAAAUUGGAGCACAUACUCCUUUAUCCACUCAGUGAAACGCAACCGACUGGCAGCAAGUAAGGCAGAAGAGCUCGUUUAUGUGCAUUCAAACUUGCGCCUUCUUACUCAUAAACAAAAUGAGUAUAAGGAUGGGAGCACAAAGUUUUGGGAUGUAGAUCCAGAGCGAACUGAUUUGGAUUUUUCAGCUGCCACACAAUCUUUACUUUCUGGGGAGUCUGAUAGCCAAUGUGCUGCUAGUGCAAGUGGUAGUGAGGCUGCAUGUGGUUCCAGUACUCUACCUACAUCAUCUAAUGUCAAUGAUGAUGUUGAUCUUGAUCUUCCUAGUGACCCAUAUGAUGCUAUUGCUGAUUAUUAGUUGUGUCAUUUUAUUGUUGAACGGUUGAGCCAGUGAACAAUGAAUUCGAUAUCUAUCAUAACAUUCAAAGUUUGUAAUUUUGUUAUAGACUUAUAGUUAUAUCAAUAUGAAUCAUAUAUGAUAGUUCCAAGUUUUGUUUAGCAUAUGGAUGAUAUGUGGGAUUCUAAAUUUAAUUUUUGUUUCUACUUAUUAGAGUGUAUAUAUGUAUAUAUUUAUGAUUUUUACCUUUUUUUGUACGGACGUACCCAUACGUACCCAGGCCCCCCCUAAAAAAAAUGCCGUACCAGCGUACCGUACCCACGUACCCGUACCCGUACCCGUACCCGUACCGGCAACUUAGCUUU